AUGAGUCUUCCCAGGCCAUCCUUCUCCUUCUGGAUUCCGUCUGUUCAUGAUGGCACGAAGUUAGAGUGCCGCUUAUAUAUCCCUGGUGGGCUCCAGGAUAAACCCACACCAGCCACGAGAAUCCGAGGCGCCAUUGUCGCACAUCCCUACGCACCCCUAGGCGGCUGCUACAACGAUCCGGUCGUCAAUUUCAUCGGUCGCGAGCUGUACGAGGAGGGAUUCGUGGUCGGAACCUUCAACUUCCGUGGAGCAGGUAGGUCUGGAGGACGUACCAGUUGGACUGCUAAGCCAGAACUGGCCGAUUAUGUCUCUUUCUACGGGUUCAUGUUGCAGUAUCUGCGCGAGCUGCUGCCCAGGGGCCACCAAAGCGAGACAGAAGCCCAACGCCCUGACAUUCAGCUGGUGCUGGGAGGUUACUCCUACGGGUCGCUGAUCGCAUCCCAUGUCCCGACGGUUGAUGUCAUGAUGAAUCUGUUUGCCCCCGGUUCUGCAGCUGCAGACAGCUUCCUUGGCCAGAUUGGCCGGGCCGCGGGGAAGAUCGCUGCUUCGACACGAGAGCCGCCGCACGAGGAGGGAGGCGAGAUAUCUACUACGACCCCUUGUGACUCCAUCUGCGUCUCUUAUCUGCUUGUUUCCCCGCUGUUACCCCCGGUAAGUUCGUUUCUGACGGUCUUUUCUACGCUAGCCAUCGAUCUUGGGGGUCGGUCAGCUCAGGCCCGGCCCGCCCGACCGGCCGAGCAGCUGAGUGCUCACCGGACACUGGCACUGUUCGGCGAUGGCGACGCUUUCACAUCCGUGCGUAAAUUGCAACGGUGGUCAGCCGAGAUGGGUCGCAUACCGCAGAGUCGGUUUCAGGGCUGUGAGAUUAAGGGUGCGGGGCAUUUCUGGCGAGAGGAUGGUGUGGAGACAGAGGCAAGGCGGGUGUUGCGAGAAUGGCUUCGUGGGAUUUAG